AUGCGCGACAAGGCCCGCGCAACGGUGCGGCAGACGGACGGACGCGACAUCGACGCGUGCGCGCGGGCAAUGCGAGAGGCCAAGUUUUGGAGGAUGCUCUCACGGCCCACGGUGGACCGCUGCGAAAGCAUCCUCGGCUUCUUUGGCCAGCAGCUCGUGGCGGGCUCGCUGUACACAGUGACCGAGCCAUGGGUGGGCAAUCUUGCCGCUAUCUCGGCAGCGCAGCCGGACAAGAUGACGCCACCCACCGUCCGAGGCAUCGCCAUCGACCUUUUUCGCGCGUGGAAGAUUUACGGCAUGAGCUCCGUCGCACGCCUUACGGGAGUCCGAGUGUCCGUCGCGGCGGCGCUCGACGCGGCAGGCGGGAAACGCGUGCCCUACGCCGCGCUUGCCCCCGAGCUCGCCCUGCCGGAAGGUGAGGCGCAGGUCGGCACGCCGGUCGACCUCUGGUCUGCGGGUUUGCUGCUCGCCCGACUCCUCAAGGGGACCGAGCCCUCCUUCACCCAGCCGACGGAGCUGCCUCUUCCGACGGAGCUGCGGGGAGGCAGCGAUUUAUGUGGCGGGAUGUUGUGCGAUGCGGUGGCGCUCUGCCUCGAGACGCAGCCGCAAAAUCGGCCCACGGCGGAGGAGCUGGCUGCCUACCUCUCCAAUGGCACCACCGAGCAGAGCGGUGACUUUGCGGACCUGAGGCUGCACGUGCAGGUGCGGCGCGACGCGAAGGGCCUCGGCGUGGGGGUGACGAGCUCCAACGUCAUCCAAAGCUUGUCUGCCGGCCACGUGCUCCAGGUUGGCGACCAGAUCCUCGGGGUGGAUGGGGAGCGCCUGGCCGGGCGGCACCUGUCGCAGGUUCUCGCGUCCAGCCAGGCGGUCUACGACUUUGAGGUGAUGCGCAGCGACCACGUGGUGGGCAUGACCCUCCGCAAGGUCCCGCCCGAUCACCCCAUCUUGCGACCGCGCGCACGGAUCGACUUGCUGCGAGUGGAUUUGGUGCGUGACUCUGCUGGGCUCGGACUCGACCUCAGCCCGUCCAAUGUGGUGCGCGACAUCAGCCGCGGUGGGGCUUCGGAGCGGACCGGGCUGCUACAGCCGGGCGAUGUCAUCAUCGCCGUCGACGACGAGCCGCUCGGAGCAAAGAGCGUGGCAGAGGCGCACAUCAGCCACGGCCCCGAGACGUCGCUCACCAUCCUUCGCGCCGAACCGCUGCGCGUUUCCUCUAUCUCCCUCGCUCCGCCGCCUUUCCUGCGGCUGCACCUCGAGAGUGAUGCCUCGAGCACCGCCCGCUCCUCUCCCGCCCCCGAGCUAGACCCGCCGCCGGCGACUCUGCCGACGUCAACAGCGACGGCCGCACGGGAGCCGGCCACGACGCCCCCGCCUACGCUCGGGCCGACGCGCGCACUUCCUCCCAUCGUGAUCCUACCGACAGCACCUCGCGGGGCGGGGAGUGCGGGCGGCGGGCCCGACCUGCCCGGCGGCGGGACGGGCCCAACCGACUCGGAGCUCCUCGACUUCUUCCUCGAGCUCCAGGGCUUUGACCGCAUAUCAAUCCUCUCGAUGUACCAGAGCAACAAGGCGUCCGCAAAGGCGGCGCUCUGCGCGGCCGAGGCGGAGGCGGAGAGCCGUCGCAGCGAACUCGGCCUGCCUCCGCUGGCGGGCCGGGCUACCGAGGCCCCAACGCUUUCUCCGCCCCGGUCGUCAAAUGGGGGCGUCGGCGGAGGGGGCGGCGCCAGCGAGUCGGGUUCGCUACCCAAGUCGGGCGGGCUCUCGCACCUCCUGCGGCUCCCGGUGGACAACGACUUCGAGCCGGCGCCGCUCGAGGAGCAAGAGGGCGAGGCGGCUGCGGCCGAGGCGGAGGCAGGGGAGGAGCCACUGGCAUUGCGCAUCCAGCGGCUAUUGGCGCAGUCCAGCGACCAGCUCGAGAGCCCCGCGACCGAGCUCACCUCUGGCGAAGCGGAGGCGGCGGCGGGUGCCACGGGGACACCAGUCUUGGCCAACGCGGUGGCCGCGAGUGGCUCGCUGAGCGCCGACGCGUCGGAGCAGCGCUUUUGA